AUGUAUCACUUUGAUGGAUAUAUUUACGAUAAUGCAGAUGACUUGGAAGGAGCGAUUGCAUCUUGGAAUGCUGCGUUGCGGCUCGCGCCGGACAGUCCAGAUGCACAUACAAACCUAGCAUCAGCCUACAUCAUGUCGAAGCCACCCCAAGCGGAUAAGGCAUUGGAACAUUUAAUAACAGCUGCGUCACAGAGCCCUGACGAUGGCGAGAUUCAUUUCAACCUUGGCACAGUGCUUGAGGCUUGCGAGCAGUUAGAGUCAGCGAUUGACGCAUACAAGAAGGCUUUGAAGAAUGGCGUCGAUCGUGCAGAUCAGAACGUUCGGAACUGUACAGCUAAAUUGCUGUCGGCUCGUCUCGAUGUCCAGCGUCAACAAAAAGAGAUAGAUGCCAAAAAAGCUGCUAAGGCUGACAAGUAG